UGGAAUUCUUGGAACACAUUUAAGAGCAAUAUCAAUGAGACGUUGAUCAAGUCCAGCGCAAACAGUCUGGUGAGCACUGGCCUAGCUCAGGCUGGCUACAAGUACGUCAACCUGGACGACGGGUGGCAAGCCUUUACACGAGAUUCCUCGGGUCGCCAGCAACCAAACUCUACCAGGUUUCCCAGCGGCAUCAAAGCAUUGGCAGAUUUCGUGCACCACUUGGGACUUCGAAUCGGCAUAUACAGCGACUCGGGCAUAUAUGACUGUGCCUUUUACCCAGGAAGCUAUGGUUACGAGGAAAGAGAUGCUGCUACAUACGCAGCAUGGACGAUAGAUUAUCUCAAGCUGGAUAACUGUGGCAGCUUCCAGGCAGGCACGCUUUCUCCUCAGGAGCGCUUCCUGCGCAUGGGGGAUGCUCUGAACCGAUCUGGUCGCAAAAUCUUCUACUCGCUUUGUCAAUGGGGAAAUCAGUUUCCGUGGCACUGGGCAUCUUUUGCAGAUAGCUAUAGAGUCUCGGGAGACAUCAAAAGUGCAUUUGGAGAGGAUAGUAGCGGUGUUUGUACAUCUGCUUAUUGUCUAAAUACCGGUUACGCCGGAGUCAGUGUAUUGACAAUGAUCCGCAAGAUGCGAGAACUAUCACGAUUUCAGAGACCUGGGUCAUGGGGUGACAUGGAUAUGCUUGAGAUUGGUACUGGAACCAUGAACUUGCACCAGGAACAGACCCAUUUCUCUUUCUGGGCUGCGCUCAAGUCACCGUUGAUCAUUGGCGCCGAUGUCAACACAAUCAGCAAGGAGUCUCUGAACAUCUUGAUGAACAAGGAGAUGAUUGCAAUUUCUCAGGAUGAUGCUGGUAUAGCAGUCAACUAUCUGCCAGAACUCUCAACGGAGCACAAGGUCCAAGUUUGGGGCGGGCCUCUUGCCUCUGGCAAGUCACGCUAUGUAGUGCUGGCUCUCAACUACGGGCUGAACACCACAAGCAUCACAAUUCCUUUCGGUGGACUACUAGGAUUGAAUGGAUCUCACUUGGCCAAGUUUUCCAUGCGAGAAGUUUGGACUGGAAAAGAUUAUCGUUUCAGAGACGAAAAUAUUGUGCUGGAAAACGUAGCUUUGAAUCAGACAAAAGUGGUAGUUUUCUCAGAGAGAUAG